AUGACAGCCAAUAAUCAAAAUCCUUUUUAUGUCUCGCAACAAACUGCUCCUAGGAAUCGAUUCGUCCAACAACUACAACAACAAGCAACACCAAACACGGAAACAACGGAAAAACAACAAGAAUUUGAUAAUUUAUUAAUCCUUAAGAAAACUUCUCAAAAUUUAUCAAAUUAUUUUGAUCAAUUGGCCAAUAAUAUUGAAGAAUUAAGUAAUGGUUGUGAAGCUGUUGCUACGGUACUUCGUAAUUGGCAAACCGUUUUUAGAUCAGUAUUAUUACCAGAAACUCAAAUGAAAGGGAAAGGUUCAGGCGUGACCGAACAAACCAUUUCAAAUACGACGAAUAAUAAUGAUUUUAAUUCCGAUUCAUCCGAGGCUAUUAACGUUCCAGAGCCUCAAAUGCCUGUUGUUGUACGUAUUCCUAUGAAAGACGCUGAUGAAGAUAAUCUAUAUCUAAGUAGAAUAUCUGAAGCAACAGCACAAAGAGGUGUGGUUAGAGCUACUCUUAAAGAAGCAAAAAAAACCGGACCUAAAGACUAUACUAAAAUUUUGAAGACUAUUGAUGAUUAUUUACCAUAUUUAUUCGGUAUAAUCGAUUGCCUUGAAGGUGGUCAACUGAAAUUAAAAAAGGAGAUAGAGACUUCGUGGAGUUGUACAUUAAGUGAUUCAGUAUUGAAAAAGAAACCCCGUGUAUUAUGCAAAGGAAUCUAUUAUGAAUUAAUUUUUGUAUUAUUAACUUAUGGAUAUGCUUAUGCUGAUUGGGCUACUAGUAUUAUAGAAAGACAAGGACCAAAUGAUAAAAAUGAUUUAAGAUUAAGACAGGCAGCAGAUCUAUUACGUAAAGCAGGAGGAAUAUUUGCAUAUAUUGGAGAAGAAGUUUGUCCCAAAUGGGAUAAUGAGUCAGUGUCAAAACCAUAUGAUGUGGUAAUGGAAAUACCCACAUCCAUGUCAAAGAUCGCACUUGCUGAUGCAAAUUCAAUUGCAAUACGUAAAGCAUUAAUGCAACAAACCUCUUCUUCGUUGCUUGCAAAACUGGCGUUUGGAGUAUCAGGACACUAUGAAAUGGCGAAUGGAUUAAUAAAAAGUUUGAAAGAUCCUUCAAAAGUCUGUAGCGAUUUUAGAAAAUAUGUUUCCCACGGUACUUUAUUUCAUCAAGCAUUAGGAAAGAAAUUUCUUGCUCAAGAUGCUUAUGUACAUCAGCAAUGUGGAAAAGCCGUAGGAUUCAUUACAGAAGCAAAAGAUGCUUUUCAUCUUUUAACAAGAUCAAAAUUGAUAACCAUUGCUUUACAUGCUACUCAAGAAUAUGAAGAAGUUAAAAAUCUGCACACGAGUUAUGUUAAUUACAAUAAUACAGUGGCAUAUGAAGAGGUUCCAACAAAAGCCGAUUUACAAGCUUUAAUUCCUGGUGGUAGGGUAUUACAAGAAUUUACGAAAUAUGAACCACCUUUACCUUUAUUCGGUCCUGGUAAUAAAAAGAUUACCAAACAACCCUUCUCUAGGGACCUAUUAGCCGGUCAAUAUUACUAA